UUUCAAUUGCAUUUACACAAAGCCCAUCAAUGGAUCUCUUCAUUGUCUUAGCGAUUUGUCUCUCUUGUUUGAUUCUGUUUUCUCUGUGGAAUGCAAGCUAUGGCAAAGGAAAACUGCCACCUGGCCCCACUCCUCUCCCAAUUGUUGGAAAUAUUCUACAGUUAAAUACUAAGAACAUCAGCAAAUCCAUAAGCAUGCUAGCAAAAGAUUAUGGCCCUGUGUUCACUUUGUAUUUUGGCAUGAAACCCAUUGUGGUGUUACAUGGACUCAAAGCAGUGACGGAAGCCCUGAUUGAUCGGGGAGAAGAAUUCUCUGACAGAGGGAGUUUUCCAGUGGUAGAAAAAGUCAGCCAAGGAUUAGGCAUCGUUUUCAGCAGUGGGAAAAUGUGGAAGCACACCCGGCGUUUCUCCCUCAUGGUUUUGCGGAAUAUGGGGAUGGGGAAGAAAACUAUUGAAGACCGAAUUCAAGAAGAAGCCUUGUGUCUGGUGGAAUUGUUAAGAAAAACCAAUGCAUCUCCUUGUGAUCCCACUUCCAUUCUGUCUUCUGUUCCCUGCAAUGUGAUCUGCUCUGUCAUUUUCCAGACUCGUUUUGAUUAUAGUGAUCCCACAUUUCAAGCCUUGAUUAAAUAUUUUCAUGAAAACCUUGAAAUUGUAAGCACCCCUUGGAUACAGCUCUACAAUGCCUUCCCUCUAUUACAUUAUCUCCCAGGAUGUCACAAAGAUUUCUUUAAAAACAUUUCUUACCAAAAAGAGUUUAUUUUGGAGAAAAUAAAAGAGCAUCAAGAAUCUCUGGACAUCAGUAACCCUCGGGACUUUAUUGAUUACUUCCUGAUUAAAAUGGAGAAGGAAAAGCACAAUAAAGAGUCUGAAUUUACCAUGGACAAUUUGGUCAUUACCAUAUGGGACAUGUUUAGUGCAGGAACAGAGACAACGAGCACCACAAUGAGAUACGGCCUCUUGCUCCUGCUCAAGCACCCUGAGAUUGCAGCUAAAGUCCAGGAAGAGAUCAAUCAUGUGGUUGGCAGACACCGGAGCCCCUGCAUGCAGGACAGGAGCCACAUGCCCUACACGGAUGCCGUGGUGCACGAGAUCCAGAGAUACAUCGACCUUGUCCCUACCAGCUUGCCCCAUGCUGUGACCCAGGACAUUCAGUUUCGAGAGUUCUUAAUUCCAAAGGGCACAGACGUAUUAAUACAUCUGUCUUCUGUCCUGCAUGAUGAGAAAGAGUUUCCCAACCCAGAGCAGUUUGACCCUGGCCACUUUCUGGAUGAAAGUGGCAACUUUAAGAAGAGUGACUACUUCAUGCCUUUUUCAGCAGGAAAAAGAAUUUGUGCUGGAGAGAGUCUGGCCCGCAUGGAGCUGUUUUUAAUCCUGACCAGCAUUUUACAGAAUUUUACCUUGAAACCUCUGGUUGAUCCAAAGGACCUUGACAUCACCCCAAUUAAGAAGGGUGUAGGCACUAUACCCCCCUUCUAUGAGCUCUGUUUCAUUCCUGUCUGAAGAAAGUGCAGGCUACCAGACUUCAGCACAGGACCCUCCACCUGCAUCUGAACAAAUCUGUUGUUUUCUGACCUGUGUACCAGCCAUUAUCUACCCUUUUCUUAACAGAAGGAAUGUCAUCUGUGAGCCUUAUGUCUUCUAAUUUUCACCAUAAGAUCUGGUUCACAUUUUCCUGCAUGAUAGAAUGUUCACUGUUUGGUCUCCAUUAAGAUUCUUUUUGUAAUUCAAUUGUGAGUUUAUAAACUACAUCCUAUUUGCAGUGUAUACCAAAUGGAAAACACGUUAUCCAUGUUAUAUUUUGCUUUCUACAAAUUGAAAUCAGAAAUUGUCCUAUGAGAUUUUUAAAAAAUUGAAAAUACAAUAAAUAAAAUUCACUCA